UUUCCAUUUCAAAUUCUAAAGUUUAUUUGCGAGCAAGAAAUUUUUUAAAAUUUUAUUAAUUUGUACAGCAUUUUCCGGCCUGAAAUAGGAUUCAAUCAUUCAACUCUACUUUUGAUUGUCUCGGCAUACCAACGUCUUCAGCUGUUGACUGUUAGAGGUUAGCACAGCUACUGUUUGACGGAGAGAAUAUGACAAUAUGAUUUGCCUAAGAACAGUACGCGAACGUGUUGUGGUUUUGAGCUAUAAAGCAAAAGGUGAUGUUCAGAAGGCCAUUAACUUCUCAACCAAGUCUAUAUGCUUAUACUUUCUUUGGCCAUGAACUUCCUAGCAAGUGAAAACCAGCCGUUGCAUUCCUCAUCUUCUCCAGAUGAAGAUUUAAUAAAGCAGAUUCUGCUCACCCACGACCCUGAUGGUCGUCACCUUGAUUCUGAGCUUUUGCUUCGUGCAAUGGAGAACAUCAUGUCUUAUGCUAAAUCUGAAGUUUCCGAUGCACAAGAUGGUGCCAUUGCAAAGAGUGGCAUAUGCAACAUUGAGGUGGUUGGAUCAGAAGAAACACUGGGACACACCAUCUAUAAAGUCUCACACUGGAUACUCUUCAACUACUCCAUGGGUGGGAAUCCACACGCAAAGACAAUGGUCUUGUUUGACAUGCUAGGGCAUUACAAAUGGGAUGCAAAAGCAGUUUUAGUGCUAUCAGCUUUUGCAACAAGCUAUGGUGAAUUUUGGCUCAUAAUGCAGCUCUACCCUUGCAAUCCCUUGGCAACAUCUAUUGCAUUGCUAAAGCAGUUGCCCAAGGACUUGUGCUUGUUGAAGCAUCUUUUUAAGGUCUUGAAUGUGUUGAUGAAAACAAUUGUAGAUUUGACAAAGUGCAUCAUUGAGUUCGAAGAAUUGCCGGUGAAUCAUGUGAUCCUGGAUUGUGAGGCAAUUGGCACUACAAACUCUCAGAUCUACAUGGCUACUUACUGGAUCAUUAGAAGUGCCUUGAUAUGCUCUUCCCAAAUCAAAGACUUGAGAGCCAUGAAAAAUGUGCAAGUGCAUUCAAAUUCAGUAACCAUUGCUUCAUGGGAGCUCUCAAGCUUGGUGGGUAGGUUGAGCACCAUAAGCAGUCACCUCAGGCGGCAGGUGGAUGCUUGUUAUAAGCUGAUAGAGACAAAGAUGCAUAACAAGCUCUUGGAUCUCUCUAAGGAGAGCCAUAUUGAUAACCAAGAGGUGCUUGAGAUGUUGUUUGCUUUGAAGGAUAGCUUGCCUCUGAAGGAUUCUUCCUCCCAAGCAAAGCUUGCGUUGUCUGAACUGAAAAGCAAGGUAGUGAUACUCUUGGUCUCAAGGCCAGAGCUCCUCCCUAUAGAAGUGUUACUCUUGCUGGUGCAACAGAUGUUUGAUCAUCCUCACCGGGUGAAUUUACAAGGAAGCUAUGAAAUUGUAUGGGUUCCCAUUCCAUCAUCGGAUACGUGGACUGAUGUAGAAGAACAGAAUUUUGAUUUUUUAUCAAACUCAUUACCAUGGUUUUCAAUUCGGCGACCAUGGUUACUCAGCUCAAUAGUGGUGAAAUCCAUUAAACAAGCAUGUGAUUUCAAAGAGAAGCCCUUAAUGGUAGUAUUGGAUACACAAGGUAUGGUUACAAACUUAAAUGCAAUUGACAUGGCCUUGAUCUGGGGUGCCAUGGCCUUUCCCUUUUCUACUUCAAGAGAAAAUGAGCUAUGGGAAGAAGAAACUUGGAAUCUCCAACUAUUACUUGACGGAAUUGAUCCUCUGGUAGCAAAGUGGGUAGAAGAGGACCAAAACGUUUGCAUUUAUGGAAGCAACAACAUAGAUUGGAUUAGAGAAUUCAAUGCUAAGAUGAGGAACAUGACAAGUGCAGGACUGCAGCUUAAGAGCAUAACAAGCUCUUGGAUCUCUCUAAGGAGAGCCAUAUUGAUAACCAAGAGCAAGGUAGUGAUACUCUUGGUCUCAAGGCCAGAGCUCCUCCCUAUAGAAGUGUUACUCUUGCUGGUGCAACAGAUGUUUGAUCAUCCUCACCGGGUGAAUUUACAAGGAAGCUAUGAAAUUGUAUGGGUUCCCAUUCCAUCAUCGGAUACGUGGACUGAUGUAGAAGAACAAAAUUUUGAUUUUUUAUCAAACUCACUACCAUGGUUUUCAAUUCGGCGACCAUGGUUACUCAGCUCAAUAGUGGUGAAAUCCAUUAAACAAGCAUGGGAUUUCAAAGAGAAGCCCUUAAUGGUAGUAUUGGAUACACAAGGUAUGGUUACAAACUUAAAUGCAAUUGACAUGGCCUUGAUCUGGGGUGCCAUGGCCUUUCCCUUUUCUACUUCAAGAGAAAAUGAGCUAUGGGAAGAAGAAACUUGGAAUCUCCAACUAUUACUUGACGGAAUUGAUCCUCUGGUAGCAAAGUGGGUAGAAGAGGACCAAAACAUUUGCAUUUAUGGAAGCAACAACAUAGAUUGGAUUAGAGAAUUCAAUGCUAAGAUGAGGAACAUGACAAGUGCAGGACUGCAGCUUAAGAUGGUCUAUGUUGGCAAGAAAAAUUCAAGUGAUGAUCACAUGAAAAACAUUUUAGCCACCAUGUAUGAGGAAAAGCUGACAAGUUCUUUAACUUGCACGAAGAUUUAUUUCUUUUGGCUUCGGUUGGAAAGCAUGAGAAGAUCAAAACUCCGAUUAGGACAUACAGAUGAUCAUAAAGAUGAGAUUCUAAAACAGUUGUCAGAGUUACUAGACACCAAUGAUGAGAGUGAAAAAGGUUGGGUACUACUGGGAAAAGAGUCUUCGACAGAGACUUUGAAGCUUCAAGGGAGAAAAAUUAUGGAAUGCAUGGAUCUUUUUCCAGUGUGGGGAGAAAACGUGGCCAUGUUAGGGUUAGUGGGUGCGAUUACAACUGCAAUCGAACCACCUCUUCUUGUUGAGCCUUGCAGUCACUCUAAUAUUAUACAAUUUGUUGAAGGAUUGAAAGACACAACAAUUUGUGAUAAAUGUAAGCGCCUCUUGGAGAAAUUUGUGGUCUACAAAUGUGAUGGAACUGAGUAG